UGUCCUUCUCCCAUCCUGUGCGUCCAUUCAUUUACUUGUCCGACGACACAUCCAACAGACAGACAAACAAACAAACACGACCACACCACGCGAAAGGCGACGAACGGACAACAUGGCAAGCCACCCGCACCCGAGCGGCCCGCACAUGUCGUGCAUGUUGCCGCACCAACUCAAAUACCUGAUGGAGCUGACACAGAACAUUGCCACGAUGGCGCGGCAGCAGCAGCGAGCGCUACAGGAUGGCGUUGUCAUGGCGAGCGAGGGUGUUACAAAGCCGCUGCUCCAUCUCUUCAUGGACGGCGCUGUGCUACCAAACAGUACGCUUGCAGGCCGGUUUUUCGUCAGAACAAGCAGGCUCGCUUCGUUCCUGUAUACCAAUGUGUUCUCCACCCAUCUUCCCGACCCGGUCAAGGAGAAGAUCGAGCGUGGCGAGGACAACGCUGAGCGACGAUGCCUGCGGUUGAUGGGCUUUGUGCUGCGGGAUCGGCUCAUCUUUAACAUUCUCACGUGCGCCAUUCGAGAAUCAGACAAUUACAAGGCGUCGGCCUUCCUGAAGCGCGAGGCGCACGUCAAGGAGGUGGCCAAGACGCUUGUUGGAGUGUGGCUGCUGGUGGAGGGAGCGAGCGCGCCGCAACCGCAGCAGUGGCUGCCAACACCGCGGCCAGUCGGACACGACAUCCCGGCAGUGCCCGUGAGCAAGGCGAAGCCAAAGAAGAAAAAGAAGAAGAAGCACAAGAAGAAGAAGAAGGCAAAGAGCAGUCAGGGCAACCAGGACAAUGGCGAAAACAGGGAGGUGGCGCCUGCCUCCACCAUGCAACAACAACAACAACAACAACAACAACAACAACAACAACAACAACAACAACAACAACAACAACAACAACAACAAGAGAAGGAUGCAGUCCAAGUUCACGAUGACACACCAACAGCGUGUGCUCCUCCUUCCGUUCAUGAUGAUGACGGUGGCGUGCAAGACGUGCAAAUUGCGUUAUCGCCACCCCCAAAUGAUGCACCACCAGCAACGGACGACAGCACGACGGCUACAAGCCCAAUCAGCAGCGCGCACGAGGACCAACCACGCGCCAGCCCGCGAGAGGAGGAGGAUACCGAAGCGACGGUCGCCGAGGUGGCAGAUGAUGCGCAUGCACAUGCACAUGCACAUGUACAUGCAUAUGGAGCUGAACAGGUGCCGGACCAACACGGUGCUGAUGACGAACACAUGGGCGUGAGCGAUGGAAAAGGGGAAGAGCCACUCGAUGGCGAAGAUGCUCCUGUUGUGCACGACGCUGGUGCAUCAAAUCGAGGUGAUGCGGUGAUUGCCACUGAAGUACAAGAGGAUGUGCAGCAGCGUGCAAUGGAGACAGACGCAGCACCCACAGUCCCGCACAACGACGUGCACGAGGAGGAGAACGGAAUCGCUGUUGCAGAGACUGGUGACAACGACGAUGACGACGAUGGUGUUAAUGCCGGCGAUGGUGCGACCAACGAUGAUGAUGGGAACGACGAUGAUGACGAUGGGGAUGACGGGACGCGUGCAGAUGAGAGGCUCGCUGCCGCUUCCUCGACAGCAACGACCGACUCUGAGGCGUCAACAAAUUGGUUUGAGCGGCAGCUGCGCGAGAACGACAGCCUCAUUCACUGGCUGGACCCCGCAUCAACGACACCAUCGGCGCGACAGUCGACUCGCGUCACCCUGCCCUCAAUACCGGACACCACGGCACAGCCCGUCCUCGAGCAGCCACCGAAGCACGAUCAACACCGUCUCGUGUCUGCUCGCGACGCGCCUGAUCACCACGCGGCCGAGCAGCAAGAUGUGCGUUACUUCACUGUGUAUGAGAACCAACGCUGCAUUCACAAGCAGCCAGCGCGGGUUGUCCCUCGCAUCCCCGUCGUUGAUCGUCUGAGGUGGACAGACGCAGACGGCAACCCAGCCACACCAAAGGACAAGCCAUCACUGCGGUCGUUUCGUCGAAGAAGGAAGUGGAUUCGGCCAAUGGAAUACACAACCGCCGCCUGUGCGGUGGCGCCACACCAUGCAACACCACGAGAGUUCUUCCUUUCGGAGACCAACACGUGGCGCGCGCAUGUGGACGACAUCGUUGCCUUCAUUCUUGAGCAGCCGUUCCGCAUGUACCAGGCCUUUGGCACCAUCCUCCCGCUGGGCUCCAGGGAUGCGAGCGAGGCAGAACUUGACGCAGCAAGCGAUGAGCUGUGGCCAAAGGCGUUUGUGCCUCCAGCGGCACCGCCCACGUCGUCGUAUUGCAAACCGCUGCGUCUCGCACAGGAUGACGAGGACACGUCGCUGUCGCCUCUGUCUGCCAGCGGCAACAGCACGCCGUUGGCAGGGCGCAGUGGUGGCGAUGGCGGUGAUGUACUAGGUGGUGUUGAUGACGAUGAUGGUGGCCAUGAUGGUGACGAUGGUAAUGAUCCGGAGAAAGGUGGUGUUGUUGAUGGUGGUGCUGACACUGGCGAUGGUAACGAUGUCUGUGAUGAUGAAGCAGAAAAAGAGGAAGAAAAUGAGGAGGAGGAGGAGGAGGCACCAUUGACCCCAAUGAUGCAGGAUUUCUUCUCUGUGGAUCGACGACUGGAACUCUACACCGUCAAGCACAUGUUCUCCGCCGUGGAGAAUAUCGGCUACCUCACUGAGGAGCAAGUUGUGCUGAACACGGAACUUUUGGCGUCAAUGCGACAUGAGCAGCACGGCCGCUGCCCAAGCUGCCAGCAGUUUCUCGAACUCAGCGAUCCAAGCAACCAGCUCGAGUUCUGCGGCGUGUGCUUUUUCUCCGGCAAGAUGUUCUGUCAAGACUGCAUGGCACCAGAGCGCACCAUCAUUCCCUGGCGCGCUAUUGAGCUGUGCGACUUCAACGCGUACCCCGUUCACAAAGGGGCUGGCGUUGGGCUUGGGCUUCUUGCCGUUCGCCCCAUGUACAACUGGAACGUGUUUGCGUCUGCGCAAUCCCCAAUUGCCGAGGAUGAGAAUCCAGAGCUGGCUGAGGUAACGCGCGAAGGCCGCCGCGUCCUUGAGCGCGCAUUUGACCUGGUGGAUGGGCUGCAUGCACACCUUCUGGACGAGCUCCGCAAGCACGAUAUUGAUGUCCAAACCGUGACACCAGAGGGCAUGAUGGAGGUGUCUUUGUUCUUGUACGAGAACCCACAUCUGCUGCAACAGCCACUGUUGCUCACCUUGAACAACCUUCAGGCGCUUGCCACAGAGGUUCAGAGUGGCCAUCGCCGCUUCAGCAGCAAGAUGGAGGAAGUCAUCCGCAACUUGUCCAAGCUCAAGCCGCGGGGAUCAGGCCUGCUCUCCUGGCUCACCUGA